GUGUACGGGUUCCGAGUUUCCGACCAUCAUACCUCUUUCUGACUCAACGAAAACACUCUUGUCCUUUGCUAUGAAAAUUGCUAGCUGUCGCAGCCCCGAGAUAUCGCGAAUAAUAUUUAGGAAACUAUUUCUAUUGAAGUGCACGUAGAUGAAGAUAUAAGAUGAGAUUAUAAUUCCGUCACAGGAAAGUGCGUCGCGCGUUUAUAAUCCCUCGGCAAAGUGUAUUUACAUACAUACAUACGUCGCGACCGCGCGUAUGGCCUCGUUCGGUUUACCUAAAGUUGUAUACGGAUAAACAUUUCUGCGAGUGCUGUAGACUGUUCUUCGUCAAGACAUCGUUUACUAACAAUCAAAAUGAGCUCUGGUUUUAUAUCGGAAGCCGAGAUCGCCGAGCAACGGCGAACGCGACAGGAGGAAUGGGACCGCGUACGGACCGCCGAUCAGCCUUUAGAGGCUCCAGACGAACCUUACGAUCCUAGAUCAUUGUACGAGAGAUUACAGGAGCAGAAAAAUAAAAGGGAUAUAGAGUAUGAAGAGGCUCAUAAACUAAAAAAUAUGAUCAAAGGAUUGGAUGACGAUGAAGUAGAGUUUCUGGACUUGAUUGAUAGAACUAAGAUGGAGGAAGAACGUAAGAAGAAUCUUGAGGAAGAAAAAGAAAUGCGUGAUUUUAAAGCCGCAGUUGCUUCUCUUCAGGAACAAAAAUUAAAUGAAAAGUUAAAACAAGAAUUGAAGAGUUUGCCUGUCAAUAAAAAUGCUGCCUGUGGAAGUAGCCGCACUUCGCAGUUAAAGUUACCUGCAGGCGUUGUAUUGAAGCGGUCUGACAAACAGAAACAAGAGGACGCACCUAAAGGAAUAAAAAGAAAAUUGUCCCCAUCCGAAGAUGGCGCCGAUACUAGCAAAAAGAAAGAGCUACAUACGGCUUGCGAGCCAGCAGCAGAUACUUCCCUUCCUAGUCUCGAAUCAGAUAAACAAAACGAUGAAACUGUACCGGAUCAAGUAGAUACAAAUAGCGGACUGAAAUGUAUUGGCAUAUUACCUGGUCUCGGUACAUACGAUAAUUCCAGUGACAGUGAUUGUAGUUCCGACACAGAUCAGGAAACGGAACCGAACCCAUCCGUAUACGAUAUGUUAGGUCGAAAGAUAAAAUUGUUGAAAGAUAAGGAGAAAAGCGCUGAAUGAUAUGUAAAUUCAUACGUAUAUGUACAUGUCUAUACGAAUGUAUGUAUGUAUGUAUGUAUGACAAGAUAAUUGUGAAUAUAGGAGAAAAAAAAUUAUAUACCAUUGUAUCGCAAUAAUUAUACAUGUAUUUGAAACAUAUUACGAUCGGAUACAUUAUAUACUUUCUGUUACAUUUAGCGAGAAAACAUGCCCGUCUAAUCUUAAUCUGUUUGCUGGAAUUUCCAUGUUAAAUUUAAAUUUCAUGAUCAGUUUGAAUAUUUCACGUGUGUUGAUUUUAAUAAUUAUAUAUAUUUGAUCAUAAUUUCAAAUUUUGUAAUGUAUGCAUAUAAUAAUCCAAUUGGCGCAUAUUGCUAUGAAACGUAUUGGUGUAACAUUUUAAUUUUUCAAUCGAAUAAUUAUAAACAAGAUUAUAUACGUUUUUUUUUUUAUGUUUUCGCAUCGCUACUUCCAAUAUUUUCCUAGUAUUUAUCAAAUAUUUCGAAUUUUAUAUUAAAAUCUUAUGCAUAUUUUCGCUUUUUAUUUAACCGCAUUAAUUGUCGUUUCAAUAUUUAUUGAUGUAACUCAAAUAUAUGUUUGACAAUUAUUAUAUGUCAAAUUGACUUUACAUUAUUGACAUCACACGUUGUAUUAGUUGUAUAUAAAUGAAUUGAUGAUAUAGAUUGUACAACACGCUCUACUUUCAAUUCUUUGAUACUUCUUGAUAAGACAAUUUUCCAAAAUGAAUUUCUAAUUGAAAACCAUUUUGAUUUUGAUUAUAAAUAUUUUUACAUCCACACCGUUCAAUAAGAAUUCACCGAGAUUUUACUGUUUUCGAAAAAUUAUCACUUGUUUUUUGUAAAUCAACGGAAUCUUCCAUCGUUUUUUAGUGACAGAUUUCGUAACUUUUCUUGAAACAAUUCGGUGGGGCUUCUUGAAUUUAAUACCCAACUGAUGAGAUGCUUUAAAUAAAGAAUUUAAAUUUCCUAUUUCUUCUUGAACUUUGUUCAUCUUUAAAAUUUUCAGGCACACUAAUCUUUUUUAUCAGAUAUCUAUAAGCCUAAGUCUAAAAACACAUUGCAUGUAUUUUCGUGUAAUCCGCGUUCAAAACCGUUUUCAUUUACAAUUAGUACAAAUGCACUGCAGAAUUUUUGUAUUAGGUAAAUACAUAUAUUAACACACAAAAAUUAGACAGUUCUAGACGCUAUAUUGAACUAAGAGCAGGUAAAACAAAUCUAAAUUUCUUAAUUUUUUUUUAAUUUUUGACAUAAAGCGAUCGGUUUAAUUAAUAUAAGUUUGUGCUUAUACUUUAAGUUGUGGAAAAGGAUUUUUAAAUCUGUAAAGGCAGUUAGAAAAGUAGGGUGUUGAAAAAUAAUCGCAUUCGAUCAGUAAAAUCAACGACUCUUUAUUUAACCCUGUAUAAAAUAUGUAAAGAUUGUAUGUCUACAUGAUUUUUUACAUAUUGCAAAUCGAAGGGCUUCAUUUUUUUAGACGAAAAUAAAUAAAAUAUAUUUUGAAAAUA